CCAUGUGACUAAGUUCAAUGUCCCUUUGUCAAUCAACAUAGCAAAUCAAUGGCUGUUUGCCUCACCAGGCGUUGUCACUACGGUAGGAGAUAGCAACAGACACGUGAGACUACAGAUUUGAAGAGUGAAUACUCCACAUCUAGAUCAGAAUGAGGACUAUACUUGCCCUGGCUGCAGCUGUCACCUGUAUCUUGAUGGGUGUCCAAGAUGCUGAUUCUUCUCCAAGUAUUUCAAGACAAUACUCAUUCAGUUCUUACCAGUCAAGGAGAGGUAACUCUCAACAACAAGUAAGGGGAGAUAACUCCACAUUCAACAUUGUGUGUUACUUUUAUAUGGAUCACCAACCAUUCACAAGCCCACUUCCUCCACCGAUAAAUGUGUCACUUUGUUCACACAUCAUCUUCUUGGGGACAUACAUCAAGGAUGCAGAGAUGACACCUAGUAAUGCGUCCGAUGAAGCUAUCUACUACUCCAAAGUUGCAACUAUGAAGAAACUGAAGCCGUCCUUGAAAGUCUUGCUUUGCAAUGGAGGCAACUUUUCCCAGGUUUUAAACACCCAAGAAAAUAGGACAAAGUUUGCCAGAAGUACAGUACCCUGGAUGAGGAAGUAUGGCUUCGAUGGUCUGGAUAUGGACUGGGAAUUCCCCACAUUCGGCCACCCUCCUGCGCGCAGACACAAUCUCACCCUGUUAGUGAAGACUAUUAGGGAGUUGUUCGAUGCAGACCAGGCACAGAGUGGCGGAAGUCGUCUGCUGCUGUCCAUGGCCGUCAGUGCUGGAGAGGAGAUGAUCAGCUCUUGUUACGAGGUGGCUGAACUAGCCAAGUACGUGGACUUUGUGAACGUGAUGACCUACGACAUGCACUUGUACCUGGAAGUGUUCCCCUUCACUGGCCUCAACAGCCCCCUCUAUCCCGGGGACGAUGUGCUGGACAGGACCAUCUUUAAAAACAGAUACUUCGUAUGGUCGGCCAAUGAAUGGGUCCGGCAGGGAAUGAAGAAGAGUCAGGUGAUGACAGGAAUUCCCACGUACUCUCGCACAUACACGCUGUUGGAUGAAAAGUCCCAUGGACUCUACUCUUUGGCUAAAGGCGUUGGACGAAUCGGGGACUCCCCUGCCUAUGAUACUGUUUGUGAGUUGGCUAAGAACACCAGUACAACCGUAGUGUGGGACGACCAGAGUAAGGUCCCCUAUCUGUACCAGGAGGAUCUGUGGAUCUCUUACGACAACGUUCGCAGCGUCACAUUAAAGACACAGUAUCUGCUCCAGCAGGGGUUUGGAGGAGCCAUGGUCUACAUGCUCAACGCCGACGACUACAGGGGAUCUUGUGAUGGGAAAACAAAAUGGCCGCUGUUCAAAGCUAUCAAUGCUGCAGUGGCGGAUUUUGUGCCUGAAAAAGGUGUCGAGGUUGAAUAUGAUUUCAGGGAAUACGUGGAGAUUGAUGUUAAUGUUUAAUUGUACCUUACUGGUUCCAGAUCUUAUUUUUGUCAUCGUAAAUAUUUAUAAUUAGAAAAUACAUAGAAGCAUCUGUUUCCCUUCCCUGUACAUCUAAAGGAAAACCCUCUAUUGCUGACAACAAAGACUACAUCCCUAAAUGGCUUACUUCUCGUAAAUGCAUUCUCUGCGCUGGUCCAACUUAUCCUUGUUUGCCAGUAGAUGUCUUCCAUUUUGAUGAAACCUUGAGCACAGGUAUGGUGCAGACAAACCCAGACACAUGGUCAGGGCAGAGUGGGAUUCAAACCCCAAAUCAUAGGUAGGUGGUCUGCACAAGGGAUGUAACUCUACACCUAAGACCACUGAGCCAGUAAAGAGAGAGAGGUUGCUGGACAGUACUCUGAUACUUCCUGUGAUGGGAUAGGACUAGUCUGUCGUACAUACCCUGAAGCAAAUAUAUCCAAGAAAGCCCACGCAAGUCUAGAAAAUGUGGCAAGUCUAUAUUUCCUCAGCUUCAGGCUGAAAAUGAAG